UGAUUGAUAUCGUUUCAAAAAUUACUUGAACGUUCAUCGUAAUCACGUGUACGUGCAAGUUUGUUAUUUUUAUGCAACUUAUCAAUAAAAAGUGAAUAGUGAAGAGAAAUUUAUUUAUUUAACAGAGUGGAUGAAUCAUACGAUUUUAAAUAUAUGAUAUUUUUAAUAUUUUAAGUAUUUUUCCAAAUAUUAUUGUUUUUUGAGGUUACAAAUUUAGGUUAAUAAGUUCAAGGAAACUAUAUGUUAAAAUCAAAAGAUUAUAUAUGAAAUUUAUUAAUAUAACAUUUUUCUAACAUGAUUUUAUAUUUACGUCAAACAUCAUUUUUAUAUAUAACUAAAAAAUUUUCUAGUUCAAUAUGUUUAAAUAACACGAAAUUUUGGAAUUAUUUGAUAGAAAAUUAUAAGAAUGUGUUGGUAGAACCUAAUAGUGUAUCAAAAGAAAUAUGGAAAAAUUUAAGAAAUUAUGCCAAAUCAGAAUGUGAUUCAUCAUUUCUUGAUUCUACUAUUUUAAGUACAUUCUAUCAUAAAUAUCAACCAAAUACUGGAAUAUGUUAUUAUAAAUUUUUAGAAGAUAAUAAUUAUAAUCCUUCGGUGCAUACUAUAAUAAAAUAUUUAGAAUUAUAUCAUAUAAAAAAUGAUUUAAUUACAGAAGUAGAUAAAAAACAUAUUUUAAGUUUAUAUAAUAAACUUAUGACUGAAUAUUCUUCAUUUAAUGCAAAUAUCGCUAAUAUUCUUGUUAAAAUCUUAUGCAAAAUAAAUCAAUGGAAGGAAGCUAUUAAAGUUAUAGAAAAAUAUGAAGUAACUGACAAAAGUUUACUUCGGAGAGCAUAUAAUGAUUUAAUUGCAUAUUUAUUCGAUCAUAAUAAAGAUGAAUUAGCAUACAAAUAUUUAAUUAAUAGUAUGAAAAAAGGAGUAGGAUCUAAUGAAUGUAUAUAUAUUACAUAUUUAAAAUAUUGUUUAAAAGAAAAAGAUACGUUUAAUGAAAAAAUUGAGAAAAUAUUCAUAUUAUGGAAUACAUAUGGUAUUAAACCUACUCAGAUGAUUGCAUUUGAAUAUAUGACGGCAUGCAUCGAACAUGGUUGGUCUGCUAACCCAACAACAAUAUCAAAUUUAAGAUGCAAUAAUUGUAAAGAAAAUCUAUCGCAAAUAAAUAUAUCUGAUCGAGAUUUUAAAUAUUUACUUGAAGUUGUAGAAAAAAAUUUUACAUCUUCUAACAUGUAUUAUCUAACUUUGCCAGAAGAAAUAAAUAAAUAUAUGAUGUUUAUCAAGAAAAAUAAACCAUUUGAUAUUAUUAUUGAUGGAUUAAAUGUUAUGUAUGCUAUUCGAUAUGAUAAAAAAUAUAUAAGUAUGAUCGUAGAACUUAUUAAAUCUUACGAAAAACAAAAUAAAAAAAUUCUGUUCAUUGGAAGAAUACAUAUGAAAUCCUUUAUAAAAAAAUUAGAUCUGAACAUAAAAAAUUGUUUCCUUCUUAAAAAUUGGACACAUGAUGAUUUAUUCGUAUUAUAUGCAGCAUUUUCAAGUGGAAAAAAUGCUAUAGUUAUUUCUAAGGAUUUAAUGCGUAAACAAAAAUUUACUAUUCAAAAUAAAGAGUUAAAUAUUCUCUUUAAUAAAUGGCAAUUUUCGUAUCAAUAUUAUUUUGAUAAAUAUAAAGGUUUAGUAAAAUUAAAUUCAAAAACACAAAUUGACGCAGUUGUUCAAAAAAAAAAUAAUUAUUGGCAUAUACCAUAUAUUUUUGAUGAAAAAUGUUCAAAAAGACAUACAUGUUUUAAUGAUUGGAUUUGUCUCAAGAUAUAAAUAAAAUGAUAUUUUUAU